CUCUGUUUGAGGUCAGGGAGUUUUACAGAGAACCUGCUUGGAGCCCUGCUACUUCCUGAAAGCUCCCAGCCGGCUGCUGGCUGGAUGCUGCGAGGACUCGGGAGGCCGCCAGGAUGCGCCUGAGUUUUAAACUCUGAGUGACCUUCUCAACAGGAGCAACAGGACUUGACGUUCCCUGUGACGUGCACCGGAAAGGCUGUUGUGGAGCCGCGGUGACACUGGGGCCUGCGAGUAUGUCAGGGAACGCCACCCUGGUGACCCCCCCUGUGCCUGUGCCUCUGUUCCCCAGCGUGGACCCCGCGAACUGCAGCGUGCCCUUUGAAGACAGCAGGGUUUUCGUGGUGACGCUGUACUGUGCGGUGUGCGCGCUGGGGCUGCCCACCAACUGCCUGACCGGCUGGCUGGCCCUGGGGCGGGCCCUGCGGGGUAAUGUGCUGGCCGUGUACCUGUCGGGCCUGGCGCUGUGCGAGGCGCUGUACGCCAGCACGCUGCCCCUCUGGGCGUUGUACGUGCAGAACCAGCACCGCUGGACGCUGGGCCCGUGGGCCUGCAAGGUGACGGCCUAUGUCUUCUUCUGCAAUCUGUACGUCAGCGUCCUGCUGCUGUGCUGCGUGUCCUGCGACCGCUUCGUGGCCGUGGUGUAUGCGCUGGAGAGCCGCGGCCACCGGCGGCAGAAGACCGCCAUCGUCGUGUGCGUGUCGGCCUUCCUUCUUGUCGGGCUGGUCCACUACCCGGUGUUUGACAUGGAGCACAGGGACACCUGCUUCGAGACGGUGCCCAUGGAUGGCCGGACCGCCCGCUACUACUAUGCGCGCUUCGCCGCGGGCUUCGCGGUACCCCUGUCCAUCAUCGCCUUCACCAACCAGCGCGUGCUGAGGAGCGUGGAGAUGAGCGAGGGCCUGAGUGCCGCUUCCAAGGCCCGUGUGAGGCGCACUGCCGUUGCAGUCGUGGGCAUCUUCCUGCUGUGCUUCGCGCCCUACCACGUACUGCUCCUGGUCAAAGCUGCCGCUUUCUCCUACUACAGAGGGGACAAGGUCUGCGUGUGCGACUUCGAAGUCAGAGUGUGCACGGUGUCCGUGGUGUCCCUGUGCCUGUCCACGGUGAGCAGUGUGGCCGACCCCAUCAUCUAUGUCCUAGCCACGGACCACUCACGCCAAGAGGUGUCCAGAAUCCACAGGGAGUGGAAAAAGUGGCGUGCCAAGACCGAUGUCACCAAGGUCACGUGCUUCAAGGACUUGGAGGAGGAGUGCUCACCCACGUAGCUGGAAAAUGGCUACAUGUUCCCCAGGCCUGUCCAGCCCCCAGGGCCGCAGCAGGAUACGUGGGCCUCCCUGUGUAGCCUGGAGAGGCUCGGGGAGGAGUCCUGCUGAGUCUACCAGCCAGUGUCCCCAGUGCUGGCCGUGGAGGCCCUUCUGGAAGAUGUGCCACGGAUUUCUCAUGAGCCCCUGCAGCUUGGGUCUCCGCCCCCCAGGCUUGCCCACAGGGCCCCACACGGCAGGUGGCAGCAUGCCCAGGGAAAGGGUGACUGUCCCAGGCUGCAGGGAGGCCCCUUCAUCCGCGGCUUGUCCUGGCCAGCUCACUUGGCUGUUGGCAAACAGCAGGGCUGUUGUCAGAGGCCUCGUGCCUGCCUGCUGCUGCUGGCAGCUGGCACAUGCUGUGCUCGGGGAGGUGCCCGGUCAGCAUCUGUGCUGAUGACUUUAUUUUCCAAGCUUUGCUGUGGGCGUUGCUUGGAUGGCUGUGACAGGUCCUUUGUGCUUGUGCCUCAGAACGUCUGCAAACUGCACACCUUCACAUGUGCUUGGGCACUGUGGGGCUUCCGCUGGGCUGGCUCUGUGCCAGGCAAGUGAUUCAGAAGGCUGCCGUGGACCCCUCAGGGGAGCUGUGGCAGGGGUAUCAGCGGCUCUGGCUUCCAGCAGGCAGCCCAUGUGUCGUCUGUCAGGAAUGCAUUUUCAGGAACACCACUGGCUGGAAAUGCCGGGGGCCCCCAGGAAGGGUAAUAGCAGCCAAGGAGGCUCAGAGAAUGGUGGCAGUCCCUUUGUGCCAAGGCCUCCUGGAUCAUUGUCAGCGAGGCAGCCGGGCGAAUCAGGAGCAAGCAGGUAAUGGACCCUCGGCCUCCAGCACUCACCAAGGCGUGACACAGCGCAGGACUGGGUCUGCUGUGUGGCUGUGAGAAAGUGGGCUCCCUGGGAACUGCACAACUCAGGCACAGAUCCUGGCUCUGCCCCUGACAAGCCUCUUCUGGGCCAGGUCACAUCGCCACCUCUGUUUCCCCAUCUGCAACAGGGCCAAUGACACCCACUUCACCGGUCAGCGUAAGGAUUGACCCCACCAUUGUCUCAGGCAUCCCGGGCACAUUCAAGCUUUGUUGUCCAGCCUGCGGGCCGCUGUGUAACUGGUGUUCUUGUUUCUGUGAGACGGCUGCCCACUGUGUUCUCCAUGACACACUGAGAACACUCAUAUAGAAACUAGCUUCAGAAAUGAAAACGCAAAAAUGCAUGUCAGUCCCACCUUCCUCUCUAAAUGAAAUAAUGUCAUUUUGCCUUCUCAGGUAAACGUUUCCCUCCAGGGCUCUGUGAGAGGCCAGGCUGGGGACAGGGGCAUGUGCCCUGGGCUUGCAAAGUGAUGGGCCGGGGUUCUAGAACAGUCUGGAAUAUUCAGGGCUGGGGUGAGAGUAGAUAGUGAGAGGGACAGGUAACGACAUUCUGAUGGUGGGUCAUGUAUUAGUGUCUUGGGGCAGCUGUAACUAAUAACCACAAACUGGGUGGCUCACAGUUCUGGGGGCAGGAAGCCCAAGAGGAAGGUGUCUCAGGGCUGGAUCCUCCUGGAGGCUCCGUGGGACAGCCUGUGCCAGCCUCUCUCCCAGCUCCCAGGGCUGCUGGCAACCGUGGCCUUCCUGGGCUGCUGGCCUCAUCACUCCCAUCUCUGCCUCCGUCCUCAGGGGCCACCUCCUCUGCGUGUCUCCGUGUCUGUUUUUUUUUUUCCAAUUAAAUUUUUAUU